AUGGCAUCAAAUUCUCCAAGCUCGCCGUCAAAGCCAAUGCGCAAGCAUUUCAAGAAAAUAUCAAAAGCAAUAAUGAAGUCUCACCGUGUCCGACUUCCAAAAUACGACUUACCCGUUCGACUGCGACCGUGGUUCCUCGUAUUCACCUGCGUGAUAAUGAUAAUACUCGCUUUCUUAGGUUUCACAAACUAUUCCCGGGCCCUACCCCUGAACGACAAGUUCCUACACUUUACUUGCUUGUGCGUCGCAACGGGUGUGUUUUACUUUAUAUUCGACGUAGAGGAAGAAGCUCGUAGAAUCUGGUUCUGGCGCCAUUCAGGGCUGAUAUUCACUGCUGUCAUAUGUUUCUUUUUUGGAGGGUUCGUGAGUGAGAUAGUGCAGUCCAUGCUUCCACACAAGGAGUUUCAAUCUGGUGAUGUGGUGGCAAAUUGGCUGGGUUCUACCGUCGGACUCUAUCUCGCGUAUCAUAUCGAGAAAUAUUACCGUUCGCGGCGAGAGAUCGCACGCCUAUACCGCCCCUUAGACACGGACGACAUUUCCGAUGGAGACGAUGCGUCAGAUGGCGAAGGAGCGUCUGGAACACAACUCCUACCCUUGUAUUCUCACCCUCCAGCUACAAUCAAGUCGAAGCCUGUUAAAGUCGCCCGCUUAAAUGACGUCUGGGACGAAAGAGAAGAGUUUUUUGAUGUUGGCGAUGAUAGCGACGAAGAAGAUGGUGCAGGCACACCACGACCGCAGCACGAAAGUUCUCCAGAUGUUCCCCCUCCCCCUCCUCCGAAGAUAAUUAUCACCAGUUCAUGA